AUGUCCUCGGAUGCCCUGACAAGCGCAGGGACCUGUAUGUUCGAUGAUGCCGUGAUGGCUGCGAAGCUGCCUGCCGCAGUCGUGCAGCGCUUCAAUGAGUGUUUGAUCUCAGGCGACCCUACGACAGAGGAGGACCAGAAGGUCAUCGCGGACACGCUCUUCGACUGGGCACGCGAGCGAGGGGCGAUUGACUUUGCCCACUGGUUCUUUCCUUUGCGUGGUGGCGGGGGCGCUGUGGGCGGUAUGUUGGGCGCCUUCAAGCGCGAUACUUUGAUGGACCUGGAGUUCGGCUCCAAGUUCGUCACAAAGCCGAUGAAGGCGUGCCUGCCGCACGAGCGGCUCUUUCAGGGUGAGACCGAUGGCUCCUCCUUCCCCAAUGGCGGCCUGCGCGUGACACACUCUGCAGCAGCAUUCACGACUUGGGACAGGUCAUCCCCGCCCUUCGUCAUGGACAGCUGCCUCUACAUUCCAUGUGCUUUCAUAACCCACUUUGGGAAGUGUAUUGAUGAGAAGACACCACUGCUGCGCUCCAUGGAUGCUGUGAAAACUCACGGCCUUCGCUUGUUGAAGGCCAUUGGCAUUGGCAAGGAUGUGCAGACUAUCUACAGCUACUUGGGUUGGGAGCAGGAGUUCUUCGUUCUCAAAGCAGAUCACUUCAAAGCCCGACCUGACUUGGUGAAUUGCGGCCGCACGCUCUUUGGCAAGCUGCCCACGCGGCACCAGCAAGGAGACCUGAACUACUUUCAGGCAAUUCCUGGCAAGGUACAAGAACUCCUUGAUGUGGCGCAGGCUGAGAUGCUGAAGAUCGGUUGCCCCAUGGCCGUAAAACACAACGAGGUUGCACCUGGACAGCACGAGAUGUCGCCAGUCUUCCGUGCCGCGAACGUGUCCUGCGACAGCAAUGUGUGUUUCAUGGAGGUCAUGAACCGGGAAGCCGCCAAGCUCGGUCUGCAGGUUCUCUUCCAUGAGAAGCCCUUUGCUGGCAUCAACGGUAGCGGAAAGCACGCAAACUGGUCCAUCGGCACGGACACAAACUUAAACUUCUUCUAUCCUGGUAAGAAUGAGGAUGGGGCCAAGCUCUACGUCACGGCCAUCGCCUGUUUGGCGUACGGGCUGGCGCAGUACAACGAAAUGGUGCGGUGCACUGUGGCCAGCGCUGGCAACGACCAUCGCUUGGGUGCCCAAGAGGCCCCCCCGGCCAUCAUCUCGCUGUACCCGGGCCAGGGCUUCGAUCAGUUUGUUGACUCCGUGGUCAAUGGCGGAGACCUCUUAGGAUACAAGGCCGAGAAGAAGAAGCAGGAGACGGGAUGCAGCUCCGCGAUGCACAUCGAGGCAAACGUCGAGGAUCGCAACCGAACAGCACCAUUCCCCUUCUGCGGCAACCGCUUCGAGUUCCGCGCCGUGGGCUCUUCGCAGAACUGUUGCUUUCCGGUCAUGGUCUGCAAUGCCAUCAUGUCUGCUGGGAUGUCACACAUGGCUUCCCUCAUCGAGGGUGGCAUGAGCCAUCGCGAUGCCGUGGCGCAGGUGUUCAAGGAGAACAAGCAUGUCAUCUUCACGGGCAACGGCUACUCCGCCGAGUGGCCCGUGGAGGCGGGCAAGCGAGGCCUCCCGAACUUGAACACCACGCCCAAGGCCGUGGCGACCUGGAAUUCGGAAAAGAACCGCAAGCUCUUUGAAACGCUGAAAAUCUUUACGGCCGAGGAGACGGAGGCACGCCAGGAGGUGAUGUACGAGAACUACAUCUCUUGCCUCUGUUGCGAGGUGGAAACGAUGGUGCAGAUGACCGAGACGGGCUUUCUGCCAGCAUGUGCCAAGGACCUGGAAAAGUACAAGGGCGUGGAGAAGCUGACUGGAAGCAGGAAAACCAUCUACGACAACGUCGUGGACCAGCUCGAGAAACUCAAGGCUGUGUACCAGGCCAAGCCCCACACGUCCCUCGCGGAAGAGGCCACCUACCUCUGCGACACCGUCAAGACGCAGAUGGCAGCUCUGCGCGCCGCGGUGGACAAGGCGGAGUCCGUAAUGGAAAAUAGCCUGUACCCGUUCCCGACGUAUGAGCAGAUGAUCUACUCCCACCAUUUCUGA